AUGUCACCGGCCUUUCGGCUCGGCGCGCUUCUCCCUUUGGCCGCCGCGCUGCUGCUGUCGUUGCAGAUUCUAGGGUUGUGGACCUCGGGAGCGGUCGCGCAGCAUCGAACGGUGCACAAAUGGGACGUUGAUGCACUGAUUGCGAUGCGCAAGGCGUGGGGCAGCCCCGCAGCCCUGCAGACGUGGCAGGGGGAGGACCCGUGCCUGGGGCAGUGGAGGGGCGUCACCUGCACCGAUCGCACUGGAGACAGCUCUGAAAAGCUCUAUAUCAAAGCGCUGGAACUGUCCGGCAUGCGCCUGUCAGGGCCGCUGUCGACCAAGCUGGGAAAGCUCCUGAAGAUUGAGAAAAUUGAUUUGUCCAACAACCGCUUCUUUGGCACGAUUCCCCGGACCAUUGAGAACCUGCGAGGCCUGCAGCACCUGGACCUCUCAUUCAACUUAAUAACAGGCAACAUUCCCACACGAAUCAAGUUCUGUCAGCAGCUCACGUUCCUCGACCUGUCAGCCAACGAUCUGAACGGCACCAUCCCCGGCACUCUCGCACGCCUAACCAACCUGCAGUCGAUCAACCUGGGCACCAACGCAAACCUCAACAGCACAAUUCCACCGUCCCUCACCGCUCUCAGCUCCCUGCAAGACCUCACGAUGAGCGAGUGCAACCUCAACGGGCAGAUCCCAGAAGACAUUGGGAACCUCGUGGGACUCACCAAGCUAGCGCUGGAGGAGAACAGCUUGGAGGGGUCGAUUCCAUACUCCAUCACUCAGCUCACCAACCUGCAGCACCUGUCAUUAAGUUUCAACCAUCUCAACGAUACGGUACCAGAAGGGAUCGGAGCAUGCACCGCCCUCACCACUCUCAUGUUGGAUCACAACAAUCUCACGGGCAAGGUGCCGUCUGCAAUAGCGUCGCUGCCCAAGCUCACGUACCUGCGCAUGCAGUACAACCAGCUCUACGGGGCUCUCGGACUUGAGUUCAAGGAGCAUCUCAAUGCCUUCAAGAACAACCCGCAGCUCUGCGUCAUGUUCACAAACGACGGGCGGUGCCGCCCAGUGCCAAUGGACGCGCCGCCCCUGCCGCCCGUGAACAGUAUCGUGCGCAAGCCGUGCGCGGUGGGGCAGGUGCAGCUGUGCCACUGCGACAACGGGUGGCCGGGGGAGAGUGUGUGUCUGCCAGGGGAGGGGUACGCUCCAUGCCAGUGCCGUGAACAGCACUUUGACGCGCAGGGAGACGACGACCUGUCGCCCGCGUGGAUCGUGGCUCUCUCGCUGCUCGCAGCCAUCAUGUUCACAACGCUUAUAAUCUCCUGCAUCUGGUGCAUCCGCAACCGCGCCCACAACAAGCGCACCGGGCAGACGGGCUGGGGCUUUAGUGCGUCCAGCAAGUCCAGGGCCUACCAGCACCUGUCCGUCCCUGCAACCUCUGCCACCACCUUCUCCCAGGCGCUGGACCCUGACGAUGCCUAUAACGUCGCAGCAGGGGUGCACCCGGCUUCCUCUGCCUCCGCUGCUGCAGGCUCGUCUGGCCUUGCUGCUGCUACCUCCCCCUCACCCUCUGCUGCCAUGGCCUUUGCUAUGAAGUUCGGCCGCUCUAUGACCGUGGGCGCCUCACAGUUGCUAAAGCCCUUCUCGCUGGAGGAGCUGCAGCUCGCCACGGGCAACUUCGCCCCGGAUCACCUCUUCGCUCAGCGCGAGCACAGCCUGCUCACCUACAGAGGCAUGCUCCCCGAUCGCAGCUUCAUAGCGGUGGCUCAGGUGGACGUGCUCAGCUCAGAGCCCCGAGAGACCUUUGCCGCUGCACUCGACGUGUUUGCGCGCAUGCAGGCGGGAGGGGCUGCAGGGGGCGAGGGGGGAGGGGGAAAUGGGGAUGGGAGCAUGCUGCUCAAGGUGCUGGGGUUCUGUGCGGAUUACCUGAGAGGCAGCCGCAUGAUUGUGUAUUCCCUCCCGCCUGGUGCUGCCACGCUCGAGACGUACCUGCACGACUCGUUGGACCGGGUGCUGCCGUGGAACGUGCGUGUGUCCAUUGCAAGGGAUGUGGCGGAGGGGCUACGAUUUCUCCAUUCCCUCAACCCACAGAUGACCCAUCAGGACCUCACAUCCACAUCAGUGGUGGUGGCACAGGAUUCAACAGCCUAUCUCUCUGACUACUGCCUUCACUCUCUCGAGCUCCUCGCCUCCAAGCCCUCUGCUAUGCCCGCUUCCUCCGUGGCGCUAGCAUCAGGAGCAGUGGCACCGGAGCUGGCAUGGGUGCAUGAGAGCACGGCGCGCACUGACAUGUACGCCAUGGGCGUGCUGCUGCUCGAACUCGUCACAGGGAGAAGGCCGCUCGACCCCUCCUUACCUCCCACCGAGCAGUCCCUCGUGCGCUGGGCGAAGCCGAAGCUGAUGGACCGGGCCAAGGUGGAGGCCAUGGUGGAUCCGAAGCUGCAGGGAAGCUUCGCCCUGCCUGCCCUUGUGGAGAUGGUCAAGCUCGCCGGACGCUGCCUGCUGCCCGACCCCGAGGUUCGGCCCACUGCCGCAGCGGUGGUGGAGAUUCUCGAUGCACUCGUGGUGCCGGGUGCUGGGGAGGAGUUUGGCAACGGCGGCGGCGGCAGCGGGGCCUAUCCGCACCGAAAGGAUUUCUUCAUGGCAGCUCUUUCUUCUGCCGCGACACGGCUCCCUUCCUCCAGCCUUGCAUCGCUUUCUGGCGCGGCAGCGUCGUCAUCUAACGACAUCCGGGCACCUGAAAACUUUGUGCCGCCCGAGCCUAAGCCAUUUUCCGUGGCAAGCGGGCAGCUGGGAGCCGUGAUUGGCGCAUCGUUGCCGAUCCUCUUCCGCCUCGGCACGGGCGUGUUCAGUGAAGGGUACAAGGCCAAGGUGGAGUCCUCGUCUGCAGUGAAGGACGAGGAUUAUGCACUGGGGCCAGUCAUGGGGUACAAGCUGGUGGAAACCACCACGGGCGAACUGAAGCCGGUGACCCAGCCCAUCGAGAUCUACGAGUUUGAAGGCUGUCCCUUCUGCCGCAAGGUCCGUGAGAUGGUGUCAGUGCUGGAUCUAGACGUGCUCUUCUACCCGUGCCCUGUCGAUGGUCCCACAUACCGACCCAAGGCCAUUGAGAUGGGCGGCAAGAGGCAGUUCCCUUACAUGGUGGAUCCCAACACGGGGGUGAGCAUGUACGAGUCGGAUGAAAUCAUCAAGUACCUCGCCAACACGUACGGCAACGGAUCCAUUCCACUCAUGCUCCAGCUCGGACCCAUCACUUCCAUAACUGCAGGCCUAGCAGGCAUUGGCCGCAUGAUGAAGGGAAGCCGCUAUGUGCCAGCCAAGAUGCCGCCCCAGCCACUGGAAGUGUGGGCGUAUGAGCCCUCUCCCUUCUGCAAGCUGGUGCGUGAAGCUCUGUGCGAGUUGGAACUGCCACACAUCUACCACGCCACUCCAAGAGGCAGUCCCAAGAGGGAGGCUCUGAAGAAGAGAAUCGGGCGCUUCCAGGCGCCCUACCUUGAAGACCCUAACACAGGAGUGAAGAUCACUGCGCUAUCAAAAGGUGCAUGCAUUGGCAUGCUGAAUAUGCCAUCAAUAAGAUUUUAA